AUGGUUAAGAAUUAUAAUGAUGGCAGUGGUGAGGACGGUGAUGAUACUAUUUCGCAGUAUUUGCUUUCGCAGUAUUUGAUGAAUAACGAAAUUCCAUUAAUCGGCGUUAAGACGAUAUUGAACCACAAACUCAAGGUUACCUUUCGUUUUCUUGUUUCAUCAGAUUCACUUUUUGGUGAAAAUGGUGAAUGCUAUGUGAAUGAAAUAUGUUCAGUUUAUUCACCCAUCAGUAUUGUUGGGCGAAAUAAAAUUAACGAUAAUAAAAUUGUCAUAUUUGAAUUAUCAGAACGAAUUGAUAUUCGUAAUAUAAUUGCUGAUAUCCAAGCGACACCAUUUAUGAACAAUCGUUUUCGAAUUAUGGAAAGAAUAUUUCAAAAAAUUAAUAAAAAUGAAAAGGAAAUAAGAAAAAUGUCGUCUGCAAUACUUAUCAUUGAUUUAAAAUGUUUUUACCUUAACCCUGAUUUAAUAAACAUUCUUAAAGGACCAUUUCGUGUUAUGUGGGUUAUGUGGGGAACACUUACUGAACAAUAUCCAGGUAUUCUCCCAAAUUAUAGAAAUCAAUGUUCCAUCAUUUAUGAAUAUCCUCUGGUCAGCAUGUUCAUCAAGAAAAUAGUGAUAACAUCGGACAACUGGAAGAAGGAAAUCCUUAAAUACAUUGAUCCUGAAUAUCUGCCUGUUCAUUAUGGAGGAUUAAUGAGAGAUAAAUAUAAUGAUGAGCGAUGUCGUUCAAUUAUUGCUAUACCACCCAAUUAUUCAUAUCCAAAAUUCAAAGUUUUACCUCAAGUCCAACUGGAUGAAUUACUUGUACCAGCAGAUUUCUCAAUUUGUGGUAAUUGA